UCAUAAACAGCCGUUGUAUAUAAGUAGAAGUCGGUUAUCGAGGCACCAUACUUCACUCGGUCCUGUUUGCAGAAGGCAGCAAAAGUAACUUGGCAGCAUGACUAUGACGAAACUUUUCGCCGUCAACCUCGUGGUAAUAUUUGCCAUUGUACAAACUAGCGCGGUGAUACAGUGCUACACGUGCGUGGGGUACGACCCCAGUUUUCCCACCAACGACACAACCAACAAUCCCUUCUGCGUGUCCGAGUCUUUCGAGGCGUCGAAGGUGCCGAAGCGAAACUCUCAAAUUGGUUUGUGUGGAGCUCAGACUGUGAGGGUGGACGGUCUUGGGGAAGUGACGUUUCGAUAUGGAGACCAAGGGAUUGAAGUACGGGAAGACUACGUGUACGUUUCGAGUUACACGUGCAGAGGUAACCUCUGCAACGACAAACCCACGAGCUCAGCUGGUAUGCCGCUCCUCCUGCUGCCUCUCCUGAUGCUCCCCGUCGCCCUGUCGCGUCUCCUGGCUUGAUAAGGAAGGAAGUGAGGACACCAGCUGGCCUGAGAAGGAAGGAAGGACUCCAGCUGGCUUGAGAAGGAAGGAAGGACUCCAGCUGGCCUGUGAAAUAUCUCCUGCAAUAUCUCCCGAUCCAUCUCCCUUUCUCUACCGUCUUUUCUCCUCUUUCUCCUCUCCUCUCUGUCUGUCUUCCCUCUUCCUCUGUCUCCUUCUAUUGUUCUCUCUCUUCGCCCUGCUUUUCUCUCCCCUCUCCAUUCCAUCCCUCCAUAUCCUUUUCUUCAUAUAAAUAAAUUUGAUGAUUCGAGAUAUCAUUGCUGUGUGCAUUUUCAAAAUCAAAGUUUGACGAUAUGUGACUUGUAAAGAACACUACUUACAUUAGCUGAUGCAUAAUUGUUCCCCAUAAAAAAAACAAAGUUUCAUGAUAUGUUAUUUAUAAAAUACAUGUAUUUACAUCAGCUGAUUCAGACUAUGAAAUUUUGCAAGACUGCCCAUUGUAUUUUUCAGUAAAGUUGUAUGAUCUCGCUUUUUUUCUUGUUCUUCUUUUUUCUUUCUUUUGUCAUGUCAUUAAAAUUAUGUUUUACAAAAAUGAUAUGUGCAAUAAUAUUGAAUAUUGAUAUUGUAUAUUCUGUUUCUAUAAAUGUACAUUCACUUUUUAAA